AUGAGUUUUAUUCCAGCCGUGGCGUCAUCAACAUCGUCAAUUAUUGGUGCGGCGGCAGCAGCAGUAGCCGAGGCGCAGCCGUCAGCCUCUACAUCCAGCUAUUCAUCAUAUCUGCUGCUGGAAUUACCGUUCCGUCAAUUGUUACGACUACAACCUCCGCCGUCAUUCAUUGCCGGUACAAGGCGGAUGGCCUCUCAUCUUGAUUUACCCACAACUCUUGCCAUUAUUGGCUUCGUUUUUGUUUUUUGUCUCUACCUUAUUCACAUCAUUGCACUCUCAUACUCGAAAUACCGAUUACAUCACAAAGUAACACCAAACUCAUCACUUCCCGGAGUUUCCAUCAUCAAACCGAUCGUUGGAACUGACAAAAGUCUCUAUGAAAAUAUUGAAUCCUUCUUCACGACGCAAUAUCACAAAUUUGAACUCUUAUUUUGUUUCCAUUCAAAAGAUGAUGAAGCUGUUGAUGUAGUUCAAAAACUUAUCGAAAAAUAUCCAGAUGUCGAUGCGAAGUUGUUCUUCAAAGGCGAAAAUGUUGGUCUCAAUCCAAAAAUUAACAAUAUGAUGCCUGCGUAUAGAGCUGCUCGUUACCCACUAAUUUUAGUCAGUGACAGUGGCAUCUUCAUGCGUCCAGAUGGAGUUCUUGACAUGGCAACAACAAUGAUGAGUCGCGAAAAGAUAGCAUUAGUUACACAAGUACCGUACUGCAAGGAUCGUGAUAGUUUUGAUGCGGCCUUCGAGCAACUCUAUUUUGGAACAUCACAUGGCAGAAUCUAUUUAGCUGGAAAUUGUAUGGACUUUGUAUGCUCAACAGGAAUGUCAUCAAUGAUGAAAAAAGAAGCUCUUGAUGAAUGUGGAGGAAUCGCAAAUUUUGGAGGUUAUCUUGCUGAAGACUAUUUCUUUGGUAGAGAACUCGCAAAUCGUGGUUACAAGUCAGCGAUCUCUACCCAUCCUGCUCUACAAAACUCCUCAUCAGUAUCAGUUUCAUCUUUUCUCGAUCGGAUAUGCAGAUGGGUCAAGUUGAGAAUUGCUAUGUUGCCACAUAUAAUUCUUGUGGAACCACUACAGGAUUGCUUCCCGUCUGGUUUAAUCAUGUCGUACAGUCUGAAUUAUUUAAUGGGCUUCAACGUGAUGCCUACAUUAAUACUUCACACGAUAUACUGGAUUAGUAUGGAUUACUCACUGAUGACAAGUAUGCAGAAUGGCAAUCUUGGUUUCUCUCCACUUCGAUUCUUGUUGAUUUGGCUGCUUCGAGAGCUUUCAGCACCUCUCGUAUUCAUAAAAGCGCUGUUGGAACCAACCAUUCGAUGGCGCAAUAAUGUGUUCCACUUGGCAUGGGGAGGACAGAUUUUGCCACCAAAAUGUUAA